AAACAGAAGUUGCAGAACUCUGUCUGUUGCUGAGAGAGGUGUUGACAAGUGAGACUGAGUGUGUGGGAGAGAGAGAGAGCAGAGCAGAGCAUCCAGCAACCCGAAUGCAGUUCAGAAAUCUCCAAUGGAACCCAACUCUGACCGUAACAUUGAUUCCUAUGGGAACCUAUGAUUCACUUAAAGUCAGUUGUCAGGAAUGCUACUGCAACCGAACAAUGAAUUCAGAGACGGAGAAUAGGACAACUGUAACUCAGAAUAUUCUUGAAUUUCUGCUGACAACCCAAGAGACUUUCCAGAGGACUGAUCCCUCAGUUGAAAAGGCAGACCCUCUGCCAAUCAUCAUCGCCUUGAUAUGCAUAUUCCUUCUCUUGGCAACAUGUGUGAGUUUUGUUGCCUUGUGUAAUCCUGCGGGUCUGGACGCUUCCCGCUACGGCCCCUAUGAGUGCAUGCCAUAUCAUGUGGAGGACUCCAGUGAGCCCCGAUUAAAACUGUGGAAACGUCUGGGAUCCCUGAGGUGCUCCAUAAACAGCUUCCGGUGGAAUCGACCCUUCCCUCAACCUCCGCAAACCUUUGCAAGUCGUUGUCAGAUGGACCAAAACGACUCGGACCUCACAGAGUCAACAAAAAUGUAAUGAUUCAGCGAACAUCAAGUUUGCAAAAAGAUGCAUUGAGGCCAGCGUGGGGAAGUAAUGAAAGGUUAACUACUGCUGCAAACAAUGCUCCAGGCAUCAGCAAAAAGCAAGAUCUCAGUUGUAAUGAGGAUUCGAGAAACGUACUUCAUAAUACCGAACAGAUUGCAAUUUGUAUAGUGGCUAGCAUCCACAGGGAAAACACAUUGUGCUCCAACGACUUAAUCCAUGGUAACCUUCAGACUGGAAGACAACCAUGAGCUAAAGGAUACAACAAUGCUGUUUGGAAGUUUUCAGUUCAAAAAAGUUGUUCAUUGUUUCACUUUAAUAUAGAACUAUAACAUCAUUACAGAACUACAACCUCAUUACACUUUUAUCAUCAGUCUGCAAGGCCCCGAUUCUCCUUCAUCUUUCAUGAGACAUUCAGACUGACAGCAGCUCCUGUCAUCCUCAGUACCAGUUUCAUAUUUAAUCCUGGGCAGUGAAAUUUGAGAUUGAAGGAAACGCAACCACUUUCGAGGGCAAGUGGGUGGGAAGCUAAUGAUACAGUUUGCAAUAAUGCCCUGGUUGAUGCAAUCCGAAAUUCUCAUUUCAGUCUAAUAAUGUUUCUCAGAGGAAAAAUGAUAUUAUUUCAAAUGCCCAAUAGAAAUUACAAAUCUCCUGCAUCCAACAGGAAGCACGGCAGGGACCUAAAGGUAUGAAGGCAAAUACGGGGGAUGCUGGAAAUCUGAAACAAAUGCAGAGAAAGUGCCUGGGGAAACUCAGCAGGUCUGGCAGCGUUGGUGGAGAAACAGUUAAUGUUUCAAGUCUGGUAUAACUCUUCCUCAGAACUGACAAAAAUGGACAUUAAGUUAACGACCUGCCAAUGUUACUGGUACAAUUGAACUUGUUGAAUUUAUAACAUAUGAAUUACAUAAAUAGAGUCCUCAAUGACUCUGAUUUGUAGCACUGUAUAUGGUAGUGAUAACCAGUAUCAAGAAUUCUCAAAGUAUCAGUAAAAAGUUUAGAAUUGAUAAACAUUUGAAGCUACAUAUUAAUUACGGAAGGCAGCUCUCAUCAGUGGAUGCAUGGGGGAGGAUGUGGAAUGUGAUAAUAUCACAGGACUAGAAAUCCAGAGAUGAAAAUGUGUUGCUGGAAAAGCGCAGCAGGUCAGGCAGCAUCCAGGGAACAGG